GGCUGUCACUUGUCCCCACAGGAGCUGUACCCGGUGGUCACAGGAGGAGUGCCUGAGACAACGGAGCUGCUGACGCAGAGAUUUGACCACAUCCUCUACACCGGGAACACCGCCGUGGGCAAAAUUGUGAUGGCAGCGGCUGCCAAGCACCUGACGCCCGUCACCCUGGAGCUGGGAGGGAAGAGCCCCUGCUACAUCGACAAGGACUGCGACCUGGCCGUCGCCUGCAGGCGGAUAACGUGGGGGAAGUACAUGAACUGUGGGCAAACCUGCAUUGCCCCGGACUACAUCCUGUGCGAGCCGUCCAUCCAGAGCCAGGUGGUGGAGAACAUUAAGGCGACUCUGCAGGAGUUCUAUGGGGAAGAUGUGAAGAAGUCUCCGGAUUAUGAGAGGAUCGUCAACAAGCGCCACUUCAAGAGGAUCAUGAGCCUGCUGGAAGGCCAGAAGAUCGCCCACGGGGGAGAGACGGAUGAGGCCUCCUGCUUUAUAGCACCCACCAUCCUGACGGACGUUUCUCCAGAGUCCAAGGUGAUGGAGGAGGAGAUCUUUGGCCCGGUGCUCCCGAUUUUGUCAGUGAAGGGCGUGGACGAAGCCAUUGAGUUCAUCAACAGUCGGGAGAAGCCCCUUGCCCUCUAUGUCUUCUCCAACGACAAGAAGCUGAUCAGAAGGGUGAUAUCGGAGACCUCUAGCGGCGGUAUGACUGCCAACGACGUUCUCAUGCACUCCACGGUCCCGGAUUUGCCCUUUGGCGGUGUGGGGAACAGCGGGAUGGGUGCCUACCACGGCAAGCACAGCUUUGAGACCUUCUCCCACCACCGCGCCUGCUUGAUCAAGGACCUGAAGAUGGAGGGUAUAAACAAACUGCGGUACCCACCUGGCAGCCAGAAGAAGCUGGAUUGGGCCAAGUUCUUUGUUUUGAAGCAAUUUAACAAGGGCCGCUUGGGACUGAUCUUGCUGGCCCUGCUGGGGGUUGUGGCAGCAGUGGUGAUAAAGGUGUUGUUCCUGUGAUGAGGGGUGCUCUGUACUCAGCUGCACAUUGGGCCCGUAACUCAUCGUUCUCAUCCUGCAUUCCUAUUCUUGCUGCAACUUCUCUUCCAAGGCAUCUGACCCACUGAUGAGGCAGAAGCAAACGAACCCCAGGUAAUGCAGAGGUAAUCGCUCUGCUGGACUGAUGCAGACUGAAGCCAUCGGUCCUGCCUCAGCAGUGCAGGUGGAAGGAGGCAGUGUCUCUGUCCUGCUCUCCAACUAGGAGCCCAUGGAAAAGCUCUUGGGCACGGGGGAAUCAUGCCACAAGCACAUCAAAGGAAAGCCACGUGUUACUAAGCCCGUUAUCUAUGUAACGUGUCUCCUGUGAUCCCUAUAUAAAGCUGUCUCAUAGCAGCAAGAAGCCUGACAAAAUGAGUGUGACAGAUGGGGACCGCAGGAGUGCCAGGGACAUGGCACUGUUGGUGCACAGCAUCUGCAGCUGGGCACCAGCAAGGGGGAGCUGCUGUGACCCAGCUCUAAGAGCCUGAGCAGCUGGUGAUCUUGUGCAUGAUUUCAUUUCUGUUUUCUGGUGUAGUAGUCUUUUACCUCCGAGACUGUAACUAGAAGCUUGACGCUUGCUGAAUAAAACCUUUGUUUUACCA